AUGGAGACCGACUUGAAGAAGUUGGCGCACACCUCCCCGAAAUGGAACUUGCAACACCAUUCGGUCCAGUGCAAUAUGGAUUGCAGAGAAACUUCCCUCUGGUUGAGUGCGCUUGUGAUCAACGUCGUCUCAAUAAAUGUGGUUUCCUUGUUCUUCCAUAUGUCUAGUGAACAGCGCGAGAAUUCAGAAGAGAAACGGGCCAGCAAAAAAAGGAUUUUUUCAGGUCCACACAAUUUAUCCCUCAAUAUCAGCAUGAGAUUCAGUCUGGAUGUCGGGCGGACAUUCGGUGUCAACGACAUCAUCGAGAUCGAUGGAUUGAUGUCAGGCGAUGUCAGGCCGCCCUUCGCUGAUAUCCGGGAGGAGGUCUUCGAUGAUCAUUCGGCCAAGCUCAGAGAGACAUCAAAAAAAAGUGGUGGUAACUUCUUCCAAAUCUCGCUGGUUUUUAGGAUCAACCUUUGCCCUGGAAGAUGGGGGACCGAAUCCAUGCGUUUGCCGGAGUACGACUUUGCUAUCGCCCUCUCCGUCCCGACAUCCCGAACUUCCGAGCGCUUCUAG